AUGAUACAUGAACCAUUGAUUUUAUCUCGUUCGAUAACAUUAUCGUCUAACAGAGAAAUGCAACAACAAUAUUCGUAUAUUAACAAUAAUAAAUUAGUAGAUGAUACAUCAAAUAACACUGGUCCUUAUGUUCGUCAUCGAUUCAGUGCUUGCGUUAAUGAAUCAAAUACACCUGCACUUGUUAGUAUAUCAAGUUCUCUUCCUUCACCAACAAAAAAUUUCACAAUAACAUCAACUUCAAAUUCAAUUGAUGAAUCAACAAAUGGAAAACGACGAACAAAUCUUUCACCAAAUUGUGAUGAAGAAGCUGAAGCAAAACCAGGUGACCAACAAAUUAAAAAUCGAUCAAAUGAAACAAAUGAUUUAUUGAAUAAUAAAAUUGGUACACCAUCAACACCAUUAGCUAAUAGUGAUCAUGAUAUUGAAACUGAACUUUUACAAAAAGUUGUUGAAGAAAAAAAAAAAAGCUUGGAGAACAAAUGGAGCAAAUAA